UCACAACCACCGUGAAAACCAUCACAAGGAUGAUGUCUCACUACCUACUUGCCUUGGCCUCUCUCUGUGUGCUCUUUUCCAUUGGAUAUUCCCAGGAGAAUGUUGCUGCUGGGGUCCGUGCGACACAGUCCACCACCUUCAUACAUUUUGCUGAUGCGAACAACGCCAUCGAUGGGAAUAACGACAGUGAAUUCCGACACUCGUCCUGCAGUAGCACCAUGAAGCAGAGGAACCCCUGGUGGAGAGUGGAUUUAAAGGAACAUUAUCGGGUCUUAGUUGUGAGAAUCACAAACAGAAACCGCAAGGCAAAGAGGCUGGAUGGAGCAGAGAUCCGAGUCGGUGAUUCCCUGGAAAAUGACGGAAACCGUAACGCCCUCUGUGCAAGGAUUGAUUCCAUUCCCAGAGGUGGGACUAAAUCGUUCUUUUGUGAAACCCAGAAUGGAGUCCAUGGCAGAUUUGUGAAUAUCUUCCUGAGAUCAAGGAGAGGUAUUCUGACCUUGUGUGAGGUGGAAGUGUUUGGUAUCCAUGACCCUCACUAAAUGGCAGGAGCUGCUCCAUGAACAUUAAUCCAAAAUGCUGCUCAUUUGGAGACAGCCAUGUUGUGCUUUGAGCUUCUGCAAUCAAUCUGUUCCUAAUCCCGGGCCACACCCUCUGCUUUCAAGCUGUUGUACACAAGGAUUUCAGAUGGGAACCUGCCUUUCCCAGUUUCUGUCACACAUCCACAAACAAACAGUCACUGAUCUCGCUGUCAAACAGUCUCCCUGGAGGAAUGCCAGGCAAUCAGGCUGUGCUCAGUGACAGUGGGGAGCAUCAUCAGAGAAAGUCUGUGAGAGACUAUCCAGGACAUGGGGCGACUGAGAGAAAUCUCAGUCCAUCCGGACUCUCACAUUGAACAGCAGCUUUAUCAGAACACCCAGAGCUCGGAAUCAAACUGGGAUUAAUCCCCAUGGUCUCUGGGUGUUAGGAAGCCAGGACUAAUUGACCAUUGAUCUGUAUUGUUUGAUUACUCUGUUCGGUGAGGAUGUGUGUGGGAUCUGUAACCUUUCUGCUUUUUCUGAUUUAAAAACCUCAAUAAAAUUGCUGCUUGCACAGGG